UCUGCACGCUGCCUCUUCUGUGUGGCACUUUUAAUCUGGCACUGCCUGGGAAUGAGGACGCGGCCAGCAGGCCCUAUGGGGACCGCACAGAGCAGAAGCCGAGAUUGGAAGGAGGGGCGGAAAACGUCUUCAUGAAACCACAAUGUUUUUCCCAGCACCUGCUCUGCCUUACCAGUUCAGACUCUCCUGACGAGGCCUUUCCCUGAGGCCUUGGCCAAAGGGGCUUCCUCGCCUUCCAGUAAAAGUCUUAGCAAAGCCAGCGGUGCCGCUGGGAAACCUGUCACACGCGCCUACCCGCUCGGUGCAUUUCCACACCCCACCUCCUUGUGCUUUUUUUUUUGCCGCCGCCGCCGCCACCCUCUCUCUCUUCGCGCUUUCCCGUUGGACUUGUCUUUAUUUGGCGCUGUCGGAAACGCCGCGGGCUGCAACCUUCCCCCCUUCCCCACGUUUUGGGCUUCUUUUUUGCGAGCGACGCCGCUUCAUACUGAGGAGGGGGAGGCAGGGGGAGCGCCUACGGAUUAUCCUGGUGUAGAAAGAAAACGCGCCGCGGCUCCUCAGAACAGAAUGGCAGAGGUGGCUUUGAUAGAAAGGUUGGAAAAAGCUGUAAUUAGGCUUGAAUCAUUGUUAUCAGAAUCACAUAGAGCUGCUGGAACUAUCAAUGGAAUCAAUGGAGAACUAGCACCAUAUGUUGAAGCUUUCGACAGACUCAUGAAUGAGAGUGUAGUUGAGUUUAUAAAGAAUAGCAAGAUCCUUGGUGGUGAUAUAAAGACUCAUGCAGAAAUGGUUCAUGCAGCUUUCCAAGCUCAGAGGGCAUUUCUUUGGUUGACCUCACGUUAUCAAGAGCCCCAAGAGAGUGAAGUUGCCAUUCUUCUAAAACCAAUAUCGGGAAAAAUUCAGGAAAUUCAGAUGUUCAGAGAGAGAAAUCGUGGAAGCAAUAUGUUUAAUCAUCUGUCUGCUGUCAGUGAAAGUAUUCCAGCUCUUGGAUGGAUAACAAUAUCUGCUAAGCCAGGACCUUAUGUAAAGGAGAUGAAUGAUGCUGCUACAUUUUAUACUAAUAGGGUGUUAAAAAACUACAAGCAUAGUGAUUUGCGUCACGUUGAUUGGGUGAAAUCAUUCCUGAAUAUUUGGACAGAACUUCAAGCAUAUAUAAAAGAAUACCAUACUACCGGGCUCAUCUGGAGUAAAACUGGUCCAGUAGCCUCAGCAGCAUCAGGUUUGCCAGCUUUAGUGAACAAACAAGGGCUCCCUCCCCCGCCACCACCUCCACCGCCACCUCCGCCACCGGGACCUCCUCCUGCCAUCGAUACAGAAUAUGCAAAAGAUGACGCAACUGCUGCUCGUUCGGCCUUAUUUGCUCAGUUGAACCAGGGAGAAACAAUUACCAAAGGGCUUCGACAUGUCUCUGAUGACCAGAAGACCCAUAAAAAUCCCGGUUUGCGUGCUCAAGGAGUACCGAUUCAAUCUCCUACCAAAACCUGUAAUUCUGAGUCUCCCAAAACACCUCCUCAAAAAAGUUACUCUCCUGUGUUAGAACUUGAAGGCAAGAAAUGGAGAGUGGAGUACCAGGUGGACAAGAAUGACCUUUUAAUUUCAGAUGCUGAACUCAAGCAAGUAGCUUACAUCUUCAAAUGCAGUAAAUCUACGUUACAGAUAAAAGGAAAAGUUAAUUCCAUUACUAUUGACAACUGUAAAAAGUUUGGCCUUGUAUUUGACAAUGUUGUUGGUAUUGUUGAAGUAAUAAAUUCCAAGGACAUUCAGAUACAGGUACUUGGGAAAGUGCCAACCAUUUCAGUGAACAAAACUGAAGGCUGUCAUAUAUACCUCAGUGAGGAAUCAUUAGAUUGUGAGAUUGUGAGUGCUAAGUCAUCUGAAACAAACAUCCUGAUACCACUGGAUGGCGAUUAUAAAGAAUUCCCUGUUCCUGAACAGUUUAAGACAUCAUGGGAUGGAUCCAAAUUGGUUACUGAUCCUACAGAAAUUGUGGAUACAUGAAUGUAUAAAGAUGCGAGCGUUAAGCCAAUGGCUGUUUCAUACAGUAAGCCAAAUUAAUUCAUCAUGCGUGAUAUAUUUUGUAAUAUUUCAGUGCAUUCCUUUUAAUGAUUGGCAGGCAAAAAACCAAUAACAAAUGAUAUGUUAAAAUAUUUUACUUCGUGGAAUUGAGAUCAUGUACUAUACUGUAUAUAGCUGGAUCUCAAGAAAUCUGUAGUUUUUAAUGUUUUUUAGAAGUACCAAUUCUGUGGAGAAUAUCUGCUAAUGGAAAAGAAAGCAAGCCAGAUGUUUUAAUUAUAUUUCAGUUAUAUGCUUCCAGUAUCUAUCUCCUAUUUUUUAGCAUUCUGGAGGCGGACAGUGGAGCACCUGCAAGAGCUCUAUCACAUGCAGUUCACACUGAUCUCCACUUUAAAAUAAAUACCCAAACUCUAGUGAUAUCAAAUGUUCCAAUUCUCUGUUCAUGGCUAUUUAUUAUUAUUAUGGCUGGUCACAUAGUCAGCCAGUUGUUUCAGUUAGAUUUAGCAUUUUUAUACACUUACAGAAUCCUUCCCAAGGACUUGGAAUAAACAGAUACUAUUUGAUGAUGUUAGAGGUAUCAUUGCAGGAGAUACCUGUUUCAAGUAAAGCUGUUUUUUUAUAAUUGACUGAUAGUGAUGAUAGUGAUUUUGUCAAUGCUGAUGGUGUUCAAGAGGUGUUCCAGAUGUUUCGGGAUUGCACCCAAGGAGUCUUAUUACUAUUGGUACUAUUUUUGCUUUCUUUUGCCAGUAGUUUUAUUUAUUGUUUGUAACCACUGCUUAAAAAGCUAUUGACCUGUUUGCUGAACUUUUAACUUUGAUCACUUAUAUUUCAGCUUACCUCGGGGUCCCAUCUCCAGAAACUGUUAGGGUUUUCUUUCAAAAUUUUAGGAUUGUUAUUCCAAAAUGUAAUAUUAAUCUUUGCUGAAUUUCAUGUGACUAUCUCCUGCCACAAGACCUUUCAGUAAAUAGUAGCAAAUUUAUAAAACAACCUGUGAAAGCAAGGGAUUCUGCAAUAAAUAAAUAUAAAUUCAAAUUCAGCAGCUUCUAGUUUUAAAAAAAGUAUUAGAGAUUUACUUUUGUUCAAAGAAGUAGGUGGAGUUGUAGAUCUGUUUUUAUUUCUAUUUGUAAAAUUUGCAUGCAAAUCUUUGAAGAGUUUUUUCUCCAUAACUUCUGAACUCAAACUGAAGAAAUUGUAUUUUUAGGGAUAUAAGCUUGAUUUCUAAAUCUACAUUGUUAAUUUUUAACACUGAUGUGACAUGUAUGGUCUCUGUGCACAAUACUUAACUCUGCUAUGUAUCAUUGGUUACUUAAUAGCAAAUUUUUGCAAAUAGCAAAACAGUAAUAGGCUUACAAAACUACAGCAGGACCUAUAUUGUAACUAUUGCAACUAACAUUUUUAAGUGCAAUAUCUAUUUAGUGUUACAGUAAAUAAAUUUUUGGUAUUUGUUUAAUCAA